CUGCAUUGUUGUCUGCAGAUCUCAAUCGGUUAGAUUCCUUGUUUAAAGAAAGAGGUUUAUUUUUAAGCAGGCAGGAAGCUUUCUGAGAAUCUAAUGAAAGACUCAGCAGUCAUGCCGAGUCGUUGGUCAUAAAGACGUAUUGGUUAACAAGGAAUCUAUACACUGUCUCUCUCUGUUGAUGACUGCGAAAUGCUUGAUAUGCUGGCGUUUUUCUUUAUGCUGCUGUAAGUGUAGCUCGCUCUAUCUGUGCUGGACAGCGUCCAGGCAGCGAGCCUCCUUACCCUGCCCUGCCCUGCCACCAGGCCUCCUUUGCUUGUGGAUCUUGGUUCAGAGGAACGCCUCCUUGGUGGCUGUGACAGGGGGAAUUAGGCGAGAGAUGCGGGCCCACUUGCCCUGCGUAAGGGCUUAUCUUGGGCUAAGCUGAGGGACUAACAGCAAAGCCUGCCUUUGCUCCAGCCGGUCUGAGGGCAGAGGGAGCCAUCUGUCCACUCUGUGGAUCACUGCAAAACAAAGGGAGCAAACACUGACCGCAGACUUCAAACUAAAAGGGCCAUUCAUUUCAAAGGCACCAGAACCAAAGAAGAGGAGCAGGAAAUUCUCUCACACAAGAGUGUUUACCUUAAAGAUCUGAAAUCACAGAGGAUGUCGGACAAGGAAGAAAUGGCCUUAGAUAGCGGUCUUAACGUCACGCUAACGCUGAGGCUGCUGAUGCACGGAAAGGAAGUGGGGAGCAUAAUUGGAAAGAAAGGAGAGACGGUAAAGAAGAUGAGGGAGGAGAGUGGGGCUCGCAUCAACAUAUCGGAGGGAUCAUCUCCUGAGAGAAUUGUGACAAUCACAGGACCUACAGAGGGAAUCUACAGAGCCUUCUCCAUGAUUGCACAGAAGUUUGAGGAGGAUAUCACCGCAGCCAUGACGAACAGCAACGUGACAAGCAAGCCACCUGUGACUCUGCGCCUGGUUUUCCCAGGGAGCCAGUGUGGCUCGCUUAUAGGAAAAGGAGGCUCUAAGAUCAAAGAGAUAAGAGAGACCACAGGCGCUCAGGUUCAGGUGGCGGGAGACAUGCUGCCGGACUCUACAGAGAGGGCUGUCACAAUCUCGGGCACUCCACAGGCCAUCACUCAGUGUGUGAGGCACAUCUGCUCCGUCAUGCUGGAGUCUCCACCGAAGGGAGCGACCAUUCCUUACCGUCCCAAGGUCCUUGCUGCAGGAGCUCAUGCUGUACUGGCACCGCAGCAUUCUGCACAAGCGUUUGCUAUUCCAGGACAGUAUGCAUUUGCACAUCAAGAUUUGACCAAGCUUCACCAGUUGGCUAUGCAGCAUAUCCCCCUCCCUUCCCUUGGGCAGAGCAACCCUACCUUUCCUGGACUGGAUGCUUCUGCACCAACGAGUACACAGGAGCUGGCAAUACCCAACGAUUUUAUUGGCUGCAUAAUUGGAAGACAAGGAAGCAAGAUCAAUGAGAUUCGCCAGGUCUCUGGAGCUCACAUCAAAAUUGCCAGCGCCACUGAUGGCUCAGCCAUGCGCCAAGUCACGAUCAGCGGCUCGCCGGCCAGCAUCGGCGUGGCCCAGUACCUCAUCAACGCCAGCUUGGAGAUGGCUAAAUACACCAUGCAGGUUGCAUCCUCUGCGACCCCCGUUGACCUCAACAUGAGCUUCUCUCAGACUGUCCCCACCGCCUCCUCUGCCGCCACCUCCAUGGCUGUCCUGGCGGCCAACACCCCCACUCCCUCCACCAUUAACGUCCACUCCCCCUCCACCUUACCAGGCAUCCAGAGCCAACACUACGCCCUCCCUGUUUCCAGCCUGCUUGGCAUGAAAACUCUUCCUCUCCUGACCGUCCAUCCAGCAGCAGCUUCUGGCCUAACUCAGGGUUUAGCCGCUUACACUGCAAAAAUGCCGACUUCUGGUACGAAGAAAUCAGAGCGGCAGAAGUUUUCUCCUUAUUGAUGCUGCCUCGUUACGUCUACGGGACCAGUCAGAAGUUUACACCCAGUUAAACUUCAAGAAUGUAAAACAAAAUAAAUCUGUAUGGAUGUUUGGCUAAAUUUAGGCUCCAAUGACCUUCUGGCAUAAUUCUGUCUGGAUAUUUGUGGAGUCCUUUCAUUAUAAAUGGUAACAUCCACCCAUUUUAGCUAGACUUCUGCCACAAAUCUAGCAUUUCAAUUAGUUCACUGGUUUUUAAAAAUGUAAGGUCUGAGCAACUUUAGACAAAACAAAAAGUCCAACUCCUCUGAUUUCGCCGUUUCUGAACAAACCUUUUUCAAUUGAUGGUCAUUUAAAACCUCUAUCCAAACCAGUUUGCUACAAUUCUGACAUGUCAGAGUCAAAUAGUUAAAGGAAAAGUUCGGUCAUAUUCAGAAUUCAAACUUCUGAAAGUACUUUAAAUAUGAAAUUAUAACAUACUGUUCAAUUAAUGAUAAGUGUUUUUAAUUAGGAGGCAUUUCAUCUGAA